GAGAGAAUAAACAUGCUAAUUAAUUAGUACCUUUCAUAAUCACUAAUGGUUUCCAUGUGAAAAUGGGUAAGUGGUGAGAGUGGUGUGCUAGUUUUCAAAGUGCCUACAUGUGCAAAGAUUCUAGCCUGAACUCAAAUGGCCAUUUGGAUUCACUCUCCAGCUGUAGAUCUCUCCGUUUGGUGUAAACAGAGAGAUACUUCCUUCCCACUCACACCUGAAAUAUAUUUAAGAGGCCAGGCUUAGUUAUUUUUCUGUUUUAAGAUACAACCUGUCAUGGGAUGAGGGUUUUUCUACUAUGGCCUCCAGCAGCAUGGCAAUUCCCUGGAAAAUCUUUAUCUGUUUGUAUUAUUGUGUUCGCCUGCUUUCUUCUGUUGCUCUGUGUUCCCCCAGCUCUAGGGAUGAGACAGUGUCUGAGAAGACGCCUGAGCUGUUGUUUGUUCCUGAGGAUGAGCCUCCAUUGUUGCUAUUGCCGCCAGGUGUGAGAAAAGGUUAUACCCUCCUGCCACCUCUUCUCAAGGUGCUGUCUGACCAGAGACCUCACAGUUGGGAAAGUGAGGUCCCAAGACUCCAGCCAAAUUCCAGAGCCCUUAGGUAUAUGAAGAGGCUAUAUAAGAUGUCUGCUACAAAAGAAGGAAUCCCCAAAGCCAACAAAAGUCAUCUCUAUAACACUGUAAGACUCCUCGCUCCAUGUGCUGAGUGUGAGCACCACCACAGGGACCAAAUAAAAGAAGACCUUCGCUCAGUGGAUCUGCUUUUCAAUCUGGAUCGUGUUACUACGCUGGAGCAUUUACUCAAGUCCGUCUUGCUCUACUCCUUUGACAGAUCAGUUUUUAGUUUUUCUGCCAAUACAUGCACAUGCCACUUAGCUGUUAAGGAAAAUGAUCCCUCUACUCAAGUGUGUCCCAAUGUACCGCAGUCAAUUACUUUUAAUCUGCACUUUGAACUCAGACGCAAGUGGGUUGAGAUUGAUGUAACCCCUUUUCUUCAGCCUCUAAUUGCCUCUAACAGGAGGAGUAUCCAUAUGGCUGUGAAUUUCACUUGUCUGAAAGAUGAUCAACACCAAAAUUCUAAACAGGGAAAUUCCUUUAGCAUGGCACUGGUGCCUCCUUCACUUCUAUUGUACCUAAAUGACACCAGUGAGCAAGCUUAUCGUAGGUGGAAUUCCCUUAGACAUAUAAGGAAGACUCCAGUGUGGUCCAGAUGGAGAAAUAAUCCACUUGCAGAUUCCAUGGAAGAAAAGGGAUCAGAAAAUAUGCAGAAUAAAAGGGCAUCUCGCCACCGACGAGAUGAAGAUGUGAAAGAGAAUCCAUCUCCUCCAACCUAUAACUUGAGUGAGUACUUCAAAAAGUUCCUGUUUCCCCAAAAUGAAUGUGAGCUUCACAACUUCCGACUAAGUUUUAGCCAACUCAAGUGGGAUAAAUGGAUAAUAGCACCACACAGAUACAGCCCUCAAUAUUGCAAAGGUGACUGCCCAAGGGUGGUUGGGCAUCGUUAUGGCUCUCCUGUCCAUACAAUGGUACAGAACAUCAUAUAUGAGAAACUGGACUCCUCAUAA